CUUAACGCCGUAGUUAUAUAGUUAGCUAAUUACUGGCCAAUGACGCAACCACAGUGUUUAUGCGUGGCAGCUUCAUCUGAAAGAGAAUCACUCGAUCUGGUCCUACCUGACCCGAUUCAAGGACUGGAAAGUGCAAUGGCGAAAACUAGUGCGUUUACUCCGUUUGCAGAAGUUCAAGUAUCUGGGCGACAAAAUCCUCCGGAUUCUCCUCCGCAAUGUAAUGACCGCUAUCAGCAACAUAACGCGCCUGAACAUUUUCAAAUACUUCGCUCGCCAUCCUUUCUGCGCCCACAGCCAGCGCAUGAUUUGCUCCAGUCAAGACCAGAUUCCGUGUUCUCACUUUUCCCCGCUCCGCUAUCCAUGCUCGAUUCUGGGCGGCAUCAAUCUCAAACGCGCUGUACACAUAAAACGCAUAUUGCAACGCGCCGCGCAUUGAAUACUGCGAGGUAUAGUAGUCGAUGAUAUCAUUGCCAAACACUGAAUGGUUAUAGGCAAAUCGAUCGUAGAACUGCUUGACAUAAAUCUUUUCUUUUCCUGCUACCAGUGCCGCAGCCAUAUCGGGCUGCUGUCCUUGGAAGGCAAAAUGCCAAUGAUCUCGGUCAUGCUUGAG